GUUAACAAAUCUGGCCUCAUUUCGUCGUGUUUAAGUGUUAUCUAUACAAACAUAUACAUAUGUGUUGUUUCUACGAAAAUAUAAGUAUUCACCUACAAAUAUUAUGAUUUUUGUAUUCCUAAUAGGAUGGAUAGGAUAUUUGUGUUCUCAUCUACAUCUAGUUGAUUCUCUAUUCGAAAUUAAAAGUGACCCGGAGAUAUAUAUGAAUAUUAGUGAAAUAAUUCGGAGACAAGGCUAUCUAGUCGAAGAACAUGAGAUUACUACCAGUGAUCAAUAUAUUCUGUGUUUAAUUAGACUUUACACAAAACAGUCAGUUUAUCAAAAGCGUAAAGUUGUUUUAUUGCAACAUGGAUUGUUGGACUCGUCACAUGCAUGGGUGAUGAAUUUAAAAAAUCAGAGUUUAGGAUAUAUUUUGGCUGAUUAUGGGUAUGAUGUUUGGCUAGGAAACAGCAGAGGCAAUACAUAUUCAAAGAAACAUAAGCAUCUUGAUUCAAGUCAAAAAGAAUAUUGGGAUUUUUCAUGGCAAGAAAUGUCGGGUUAUGAUUUUCCGGCUACAAUCAGAUAUAUUAUAUCUGUUACUAAGGUGAAACAACUAAGCUAUAUUGGAUUUUCUCAGGGAUCACUUAUCGCUAUGACGGCAUUAGAUGACAACCCAGAAUUACAAUCAAAUAUUAAUCUAUUUAUAGCCUUUGGCCCAGUUGGCUAUUUCGCAAAUGUGAAAGGCAUUUUCCUCCCACUAGUUCAUCACUAUAUAAUUGCUCAGUUUGUCUUAAAAUAUUUGACACGUGGUGAAGUCCUUCCGUCGGAUCAUUAUAUGAAGAUUUUAGGAAAGUAUCUUUGCGGGUUUGGCCCGAAUUUGUGCAUGUCCGUUAUUGAUAGUAUUGCUGGAAACGAUGGCUUCAAUACUAAUUUGACACGUCUUCCACUUAUUAUCGCUCACUCUCCAGCAGGAACGUCGACUAAAAAUCUAGUCCAUUUUAGCCAAGUAAGUUACAUAUUUUAAAAAAAGGAUAAAUCCUACGGUACGCUGAGAAGAAACAGAUGUUAUGUGGUGUGGUCACUUCGGGUAGCAGUAGGAGCAGUUACAAUUAUUAAACAAAUCGUUAGCAACAAUGUUGACCAUACCCACAGCACGUAGUGUGAGUAGCAAUGUGGCUGCGUUGCGGGUCGAUGAGAAAAAGGAACCUGCUAUUUUUGACUGAAACUGUCUACAAUAACAACAGCCCUCACGAUCGAAUCUCCCAUGUCUAUUCGCAACACAAUUCUUUUCUUUCAAAAAAUCAUACACCAAUGCAUAAAAUGUAAAACAAACGGGAAGAUAACGACUUGCUUCGCGUUGAAAUAAAUUCGCAUAUCGUUUCAAUGCUUUUAUUUCUAAAUAGAUAAACAUUACAUUGAUUAAUGGCUCAAACUUAGAUUUUCCAAUAUAUUCUACAACCAGUUUAGCGAAUGCUGUCACCUGCUUGAAAUUCUUUUCUAUGCUGAUUUUGGAUUGCUGUAACGAAUUACCCAAUUUUUUAUUCACUUAAACUAUGUUUCAUUUGUAAACCAAAAGGAAUUUCGAUAUACUCAUAUGAGGGUUACCACUAUGUUGUUCGAUUUAGGAGAAUCUUUCUUAAUGGAAAUUCAGAUUAGUGUAAAUUCCCGUCUCGUAGGUUCGAUCCAGGUUUCAUCGCGCUAGUGGUGAGUACUUUUAGUUCGUUUUCAUUCUCAAUGUAGAAUGGUGACUCUGAUAGACUGUCAAAUGGAAUUGAGACUUGCAGAUUGAUUUAGAUGCAAAAAACAACCUCUUUACAGUACAUUUGAAUAUAUUCAUCGAGAUUCUGGUAAAGUCAAGCGUUCUUAAUCAAUCAUGUUAGUUGAUGGGUUUAAUGACGGACGGAUUUUGUUCAAUUCGUUAAGGUUGUCCAUAUACGAAUUUUCCUGUUUGCUUUUCAUCAGAAUGAAAAUCAAUGAAUUAGUUGUACUGAAUUUUGAAGCCUUAACUGUGUGGAUUCGAAUGCACAAAGGUUGAGAGAUUUUGAAGUUUUCAUCAGAUUUUCAAUGAGGUACACAAUUUCAGAUUCUAAAUUGUAGAAAACAUGGAAAAUUAUUUUUCACAUGGUUCACUUUCAUGUAGAGGAAAAUUCUUGGCUCUAACAGUCUUCUAUUAAGAGAGUAGAAUCGGCGGGUCUACCGAAUUCGGGUUCGAUAAAAAGACCUAAUGGUCAUAUUUUUUGUGGCAAAUUGUCUGCUUCAUUCGAGUCACAGCUAGAGGUUUAGGUGACACUGCAUCUGACAAACCGGUAGAUGCCGUAGGUAAUAUAUGAUAUGUUGUUUUUGCCAGUGAAGUUAUCUGAUCAUUUAUCAUUCUGAUUAAACAUUUUGUAAAUAGCUAAGCUUUAUCUGGAACGUGAUUGGAUUCCUUUGACUGCUUUUGUAAUAAUGUCAUACAUCGUACGACGACGCAACUUACAUUUCACUAUUCAACAUUCCGUAAAUCCCCAUAUCUUCUUAUUAACCAAUUUUUCUUUUCUGAAGUUAUCGCUGUUCCCUAUAAAAAAAGUCAGCACUCUUGUCAUUGUUAAGUACUCUAAUUCCUUUUAAUUAGUUGCGUUAAAAUAUAUUUGGUACUAUUUUGAACCCUACCCAAAUUAGUCAUUUAAAAAAAGUCAGAUAUUAAUUUAUCUGAUACCUAAUUACACAUUCUGUUAGUUAGUUGUAAUUUAGUUGAAUACCAUAACACGUUCUGCCACUUGGUAGUUUACACGAGUAAAUCAUUUUAAAACUUAUAAUCAGUUAUAUUUUAUUUGCACUAUUUUGUUGCUCACUCGUAUGUGAGCAGCUCUUAUUGGAUUGAACCUAAGUCAGGUCAUUUUGCUCGUAUUACACGGUGACCAAAAUACAUAAGUAUUUCGCAAGUUUAUCACUACAACCCCAGUUUGAAAUGCUUUUUGACUUUCUAUCAUAAAAUUAUUUAGAAUUUUAUUUAUGAGUACGGUUAUUUUUAUUCUUUUAUCACCAUAUACUUGGUAGAAUGAAACCGAAUUAAGUCAUAUCUCCGCAGGUUUGAAGUCUUUUAGGGAAGUGGUUUUCUACGUCAUCAAGACCUAAGCUUUCUCAAGCUUUUAAUGUCAUGAUGAAGCGUUAUAAUAUGUUGACCACAUCUAGUCUGAGUAGCGAGUCUUUCACCGCUCCCAAAAUUUAUUCGUUUUACACAAUACUAAAUAGAGUAUGUCACAGAUCGCGUGUUUUCUUGGACGUGAACGGUGUACAAACCGUGGGACAUUUUGUUUGAUUAUCAGUAGCUAUUCACAAUAUGAAUUUUUUUGUAAACGUUCCAAGUAUUAUGACAGAGACGAAGAAAAUAUCUGUAGAAGAAACACAAAAUACUUUUUAUAACGUAGCCUAAGCGAUGUAAUAGGUAGAAAAAAUUUUGCGAAUUCGAACAGUGCAAUUAGAAGUGAAAGAUAGUCAAAUCAGACCAACCCAACUGGAAUUAUAAAAAAAGAUUCUUACAAAAGUUACGCUACUCUGUUUCUUCAAAUCUUAUGUUAAAUAUCAUAACUAGUCUCCAGUUGGAACAUUUGCCGUAACUACAAGCUAAGGUACUCUCACUCAUUCUUUGUUGUUUUAUAAAUACUACAGUGUUUCUUUAAUGAAUUUAUUUCAGUAAAUCAUAAGUCAGUAAAUGAUUUGUAAAGGCCGAUGUGUUAUGACUCGUCUUCACAAUUUCGCAUAUAAUCCAUGGCUUUCACUUAAUUUUUUGUAUGGAGUAAGCAGAGUAUUCUUCUUCCUCUAUGUAUUUGAUGGUUUAACUCAAUCGAUGUUUAUUUCAAUAAAUAGACAUAUAAAACCAAGUUAAGAUAGAUGCGUUAGUGAUAGUUAUACUCACGCACUCAUUAGAAAUACCUUAUAACAUCAGCCUUAGAAAAUCUAUUGGAUCAUAUUAGCCUCUGGAGCGUAUCUUAUUUAUAUUGUGGUGCAUAGGGAAGCGAUAUUUCUUUAACCACUUAAUAAAUAGUUUCUUAAAUACUAUGAACUAAUUUAUUAAACAGUGAGAAAUUUUUUCCGGAUAUUUUUUAUAGAUGAUUGACAGUCAUCUGCUACAGAAAUUUGACUACGGACAGUACAUGAAUAGACAUAUUUAUGGUCAAGACGAUCCUCCUUCAUACACCCUGAAAAACUUUAACAUUCCAACAGUCAUUUAUCAUGGCGGAAAUGAUCAUUUAUGUACAAACGAAAGCAUCGAUUUACUUAUACAAAGGAUUAACAAAACUAUCAUCUCUGUGAACUAUAUUGAAAAUUAUAAUCAUUUAGGCUACUUUGGAGUACAAAUGCUGUAGACCUAAUUUACUCAUCGUUACUUAGAUUAAUCGAGAAAUAUCAUGGAUAAGAUUUUAAGAAGUUGACAGUUAUCUCUAUCCAAUAAACCAAAUUACCUAUUUUCUUCGUUU